UCUUGAUAUUAUUAUUAGUACUUCCCUUCCUCUUUCUUUCUCUCUUUCUCUUUGUCUGGUAACAGAGGCAGAAGGGGCAGAUGAGUCGCCUAGCACCAUUAUCUGAAGAACCCAUAAACGAAGAAGACUCUGCAAACUGUUCAAAGAAAGGCUUGUCAUGGAAAAACUGGCUCAAAACUCAUUUCUCCCUUGUGUUUAACAAGAAGUCUGACCUUAAGAUCCUGUUGAGCGUUUUGGGUUGCCCUCUUUUCCCUGUUUCAAUCCUUUCUAAACCACCCAUCAAUGAGGUAUCUUCCUCAGCACAGUACAUUAUACAACAUUUCACAGCAGCAACAGGAUGCCGGAAAUCAGAAGGGAGAGUAAAGAACAUUUUUGUGACAGGAAAAGUAACAAUGGCAAUGGUAGAUGAGCUAGGUGCCACAGCAAGCUUAGUGGCUGGAUCUGCUGAAGUUGCAAAAAAAGGUUGUUUUGUUAUGUGGCAAAUGGUUCCUAAUAAAUGGCUGAUUGAACUGGUUGUGGGUGGUCACAAGGUUGUAGCAGGUAGUGAUGGCAAUGUGGCUUGGCGCCGCACACCUUGGCUAGGAGCACAUGCAGCCAAAGGUGGUGUUCGUCCUUUAAGGCGGACUCUUCAGGGACUAGAUCCUAUGGCAAUAUCAGCAGUGUUUUCCUCAGCUCAGUACACGGGAGAGAAACGAAUCUCUGGCACUGAUUGCUUUGUGUUGAAACUAUCUGCUGAUCAAGUGGACCUGGCUGAUAGGAGUGAUAACACCGCAGAGAUGAUCAAGCAUGUUAUAUUUGGCUACUUCUGCCAAAGAAGUGGGCUGCUUGUGUUUCUAGAGGACUCUUAUUUGACGAGAAUUCAAUCACCUGGAACCUACCCUACAUAUUGGGAAACCUCAAUGGCCACGAAAAUUGAAGAUUAUAAGAUAGUGGAAGGUGUCAUGAUUGCACAUUCUGGUCAAUCAAGUGUUAUCAUCACAAGAUUUGGGGACAAUUUAAAGGCAGGCCUUUCUAUAACUCGCAUGGAGGAGAUAUGGACCAUUGAUGAUGUUGCAUUUAAUGUCCCUGGCCUUUCCCUCGAUUGCUUCAUUCCUCCCAAAGAAGUUCAGAAAGAUUAUCCAAAGGAGAGUUUGGAUUGGCGAUCUCCUUUGCAUCAAUGAUAAUGGCUGAUCUACAUUGCUGCUAAUUGCUUCAUUGAAAGUCAUUAUGUCAUUAACUUUGACUGGAGUAGGCACUCAUGUGUAUAUAAAACACAUUAAAUAUAUAUAUUUUUGUGUUUAGAACUCAUAGAAGGCUUUGAUAUUCAUUUAACUGAUUAUGGAAUCAUUUUGUAUCACUUAAAGUGUAUUUGUGCAAUUCAUAGUACUUUUGUAAUCCUCGGAUCUUUACAAAAUUUUGAGAAAUACUACUCUAUUGUUUUGUAUCAAUGAAGUAUCAAGGAAUAAGCUGUAUAUACUUUGUAUGUUACUGACCACUUCACUGUUAUUAUGUUUCCCACAAUUAAAAUCAU